UUUUUCAAGAAGUUGAUUUCUCUCUCUCUCUCUCUCUCUCUCUCUCUCUCUCUGUCUCUUCCAUUUCGAAUCGUCGAUUUCAGGCUUCCGAUUCGGUACCUGCAUUCCGAACAUUAGAUCGCGUUUUUCCUCUUUUUGCAGAAGAAGGAUUUUUCGGAACUGGAUUCGUAAAUCAGAAGACAGGAGCAUCUGUCCAGAAGUUUUAGCUACAUAUUACUCUUUACUCUAUCUUCUACAAAUGAUCAGUUUCCUAAGAUAAAUGCAGUGUGGUUUUGGAGAUGAUAAGUUUCCCGGAAGCCUGCACUUGAUGGGCUGUGCACACAGCAGCAGUGACAAGAAAACUUUGAAGAGGUGGUUUUUCAUUGAUAAAAGAGUUGGGUGAAUAUCAAUAAUAAUAAUUAUAUAAAAAAAAAACCGAAAGAAGAGUUGGGUGAAUAUCUGAGUGGAGGCAACCAGACUGUCACUUUGAAAAGGCUGUUAAAGAAGCUGCAAGUACUCUGGAUCCAAUGGAUUUAAAGUCAAAUACCCCGGUUGUAACUGAAUCUGUGCCUAUUAGCAAGUCGAGAUUGGGUAUGACCUCUAGUUUGUAUCCUUACUCACCGCCCACAGCAUUCAAACCUGGCCUGUAUUUGACAAUUCCCAGGAAGAAGCCUUUAUCAGGCAUACUUGAUGAUGUCCGUGAUAAUGGCUGGCUGGAUGCCAUGAAAUCCUCAUCACCUCCUCGUAAAAAGCUGUACAAGGAUUUAAAUGUUGAGGUUGCAUCAGAUGAAAGAGAAGCUGGCACCUAUCGUUCCUGGCAGCUGAAGUAUCCGUCAGCACUAUCUUCGUUUGAGCAAAUCACAAAUUAUGCAAAAGGCAAGCGGAUAGCAUUGUUUCUUGAUUAUGAUGGGACACUUUCCCCAAUUGUUGACAACCCUGAGCGUGCUUUUAUGUCUAGCGCAGUAAGUCAAAUGCGUGAUGCGGUGAAGAAUGUUGCAGACUAUUUUCCAACGGCAAUAAUUAGUGGAAGGUGCCGCGAUAAGGUAUUAGAAUUCAUAGGACUAACGCAGCUCUAUUAUGCUGGGAGUCAUGGUAUGGACAUAAUGGGUCCAGUUACAAACACUGCAUCUGUUGAUGACCAUCCAAACUGUAUUAGGUCCACUGACAAGCAGGGCAAGGAGGUGAAACUGUUCCAGCCUGCUAGUGAAUUUUUACCCAUGAUCGAUGAGGUUUUUAGAUCCCUUGUCGAGAAUACCAAAGGAAUUGAAGGUGCAAAGGUCGAGAAUAAUAAGUUUUGUGCUUCUGUACAUUACCGCCUUGUAGAUGAAAAGUAUUGGCCUACGAUUGCACAACGAGUUCAUGACAUCCUAAAAGACUACCCACGUUUGCGAUUAACACACGGGCGGAAGGUUUUAGAGGUCCGUCCAAUAAUUAAUUGGGACAAGGGGAAAGCAGUUGAAUUUUUACUUGAAUCACUAGGACUAAGUAAUUGUGGCGAUGUACUUCCCAUAUAUGUUGGAGAUGACCGGACAGAUGAAGACGCUUUCAAGGUUUUGCGGGAUGGAGAUCGAGGUUAUGGAAUUUUAGUAUCAUCGAUGCCGAAAGAGUCGAGUGCCCACUACUCUCUGAGAGACCCGUCCGAGGUUAUGAAAUUUCUGAAGUCACUGGUGAGAUGGAAGAAGUCUGCUGGGGGUAGUAUAAGAAGUGAGAAUUCCAAAUAAUGCAUAUAAAAAUACACAUGUUUAUGUCAAAUACUUGAUAUGAGAGGGGUUUUUAACAAAUAAAAGUGAAGAGGGUGAGGAGCAGCAAGCAUUUUGUCUCUCCUCUCAUUCUAGUGAUGGGGUAUUCGUUAUUAUUUCUGGUUCAAAGGGCCUCUAUGUAAUCCGUUUAUUUCUUUUUUCCCCUGUUAAUUCCAAUCAUAGCUUCAUUUGUCCAUCAAAA